GGAAGGAAUAGUUUUGCUGCAAGGAGGGCAGAGCCGUGAGGAGUGAAUGGAUCAGUGCACUAAUGCCGGAAAAGCGCCUCGUGGAAACCCUCCUAUCUCCGUGAGAGAAGCACUAAAUGCCCGUUAUGUUCAACUGCGGAGGCUAGAGCGUUUUGCCAAGAUAAGGGAAAAAGCAGAGGACUUCGAGUCGGGACACUCCUUCGUUUGAGUUACUGUAACGUUAGCACUGUUUCCAAUCUCCUGUGAGCCUAGCGUCGGAGAGGGAGGGUUCAGCCAAGCAGGAUAACUGUCGGCAAGAUGCAGGGGGUUUCACCAACAACUGACCUCCCUCCCUCCUCUCUACAGUACCAGUGUGGAUCGGUGGACUUCCUGUGUUCCCCACGGCUGGGAAAGAAAGCCCCGCCCCCUCCCAGAUCAUGUCACGGUCGGCCUGCAGUCAAGCCCUGCCCCCAGCCCACCGCCACACCCACCUCUCAGAAACCUCAAGUGCCCCCUAAGCCCCCGCACCUGUUGGCCCUCGGACAGGACAAGAAGCCCAAGAGGAUCCCCCCGGCCCCCUCCAGGCCGUUGCCUGCCCCCCCAACUUCGCCCAAACCGCGGCCCAGCCAGACCCCCCCUGGCCUGGCCACACAGCCUCAAAGAGAGGCCCAGAGCGUGGGGCUGCUCAUCGAGAGGUUCGAGAAGUCCAGGGUUCCGAUUCUUGGCGUCCCGCCGAAGAAUCAGCUCCACCUGUGCCUGAGUAUGGACGCCAUGUCUGAGACCACACCGCCCUCUGCCCCUGACCCCACAGCACACGCCCCUUCAGGGUCAGCAGGAGCAAAGGACUCUGGGGAACGCUCCUCCGCCGACAAACUUGCACAUAUCGUCUCGGAGCGGACUGAUGAGGUCACAGAGCUGAUGGAACUCUCACGCCUGGCCUCAUUCCGCAUCGACGGCCACAAGGACAUUCCUCUGGACUCUAGGGAGGACCACUUCGACGUCGCCCACGGCGAUGGAGUUGGUUGCCUUGACGACGCGGAGCGGGAGGAGAGAGGCUCUUCCCAUGAGCUCCAGGACAAUCCGGACUCUCGCUCCUUGGAGCAGAACUUAAACGGGAAGAUUCCCAACCGGGACAGCGGGAUUGACAGUCCAUCGUGUGCAGUGGAGGGGGAGGUGUUCCCCAACGAGGACGCCAUCGAUGAGGAAGAGCGCUACGACAGCAUUACGGAGACGGAGACUAGCAUGUCCUGCUGCAUAACCCAGGACAACAAGCGUGACUCCACGCAGGACGAGGACAGUGACCUGGAUGAGGUCAGCAGUGGAGAGACUGAGGGAGGGGAGAAGACAGACACACACAGGUGCUCAGAGACCCAGAGGUUACUGAACAUCGCCAGAGAGCUCCUUCACACUGAGGAGGCCUACGUCAAGAGACUCAACCUCCUGGACCAGGUAUUUUGCACUAAGCUGACAGAAGCUGGAAUCCCUCAUGACGUGAUAACAGGGAUCUUCUCCAACAUCUCUUCCAUCUACUGCUUCCACCACAAGUUCCUGCUCCCUGAGCUCAAGACACGCAUCACCGGAGAAUGGGACUCAAACCCGCGUAUAGGAGACAUCCUCCAGAAGCUGGCUCCCUUUAUGAAGAUGUAUGGAGAGUACGUGAAGAACUUUGACCGUGCUAUGGACCUGGUCAACACCUGGAGCCAACGGUCAUCACAGUUCAAGAGUGUGGUCCAGAAUAUACAAAAGCAGGAUGUUUGUGGGAACCUGACUCUGCAGCACCACAUGUUGGAGCCUGUUCAGAGGAUCCCUCGCUAUGAACUCCUGCUCAAGGACUAUCUGAAGAAACUACCUGACGAUGCACUGGACAGGAAGGACACAGAGAAGGCAUUGGAGCUCAUUUCCACAGCAGCCAACCAUUCCAAUGCUGCCAUCAGGAAAAUGGAGAAGAUGAACAAACUGCUUGAGGUCUAUGAGAGACUGGGGGGAGAGGAGGACAUUGUGAACCCAGCCAACGAACUCAUCAAGGAGGGACACAUCAAGAAGAUGUCUGCCAAGAAUGGGACGGCCCAGGACCGAUACCUCUACCUGUUUAAUAACAUGGUGCUGUACUGCGUUCCCAAGCUGAGGCUGAUGGGGCAGAAGUUCAGUGUGAGAGAGAGGAUAAACAUCGCUGGGAUGGAGGUCAGGAAGGAGGUUCAGGAGAAUGUGAAGCAGAACCUCCCUCUCACGUUCGCCAUCAUCGGCAAGCAGCGCUCACUAGAACUGCAGGCCAGCACGGCAGAGGAAAAGGAAGACUGGAUACAGGUGAUCCUGGCCACCAUAGAGAGACACAAGCAGAACAGUGAGACCUUUAACAAAGCCUUCAACAGCUCCUUCUCCAGGGAGGAAGAUCACCUGCCAGACUCACCGGGUCCCUGGAGUACCACAUCCAUAGACUCAGACAGUGAAAGACUGCAUGAAAGGAAAAGUUCCAAGAAGAAGGAGAAGGAGAAGCAGACAUGUAAAGGAUGCAACGAGAGCUUCAACUUCACCAAGCGCAAACACCACUGCAAAGCUUGUGGAGCGGCCAUCUGUGGUAAAUGCUCUAAGAUGUUGGAGAACAAGACGUGUCGAGUGUGUCCUGAAUGCUAUGAGACGAGCCAAGUCCCUGAAGGGCCUGCAGGGGCCCCAGGAGAGCUGAAGAAGAAAGCUACAGCCGAGAAGCAGGUGUCUCUGUCUCUAUUGGGGGACAACUGUCUGCUGUGUGGCCAGCUGCAGGUGCAGGAGAAGGGCAAGAGCUGGACCAAGACCUGGGUGGCUGUCACCAAGACUGAUCCUCUAGUGCUCUACCUGCAGACCAGCGGACAGGACUCCCGCGGGGCACGGGCCAUACCCCUCCCGGGGUUUGAGGUGAACAUGUCAGCGCCAUCGGCAACAGAGAAGUCAGAGCUCAAACACGCGUUCCGGCUGAGUAACUCCCAGCAGGCUUUGCUGUUCAGCGCCCAGGACGCAGAGGUCCAGGACAAGUGGGUGGAGCUUCUCUCUAGAGCCGCCCGUGGGGAAACGCCCACAGACACGCCCGUCAGCCUGACGGAGCACAGGAAGAGCCAAUAGGGAGGCUCCGCUGAGGCCACAGGACCCUCCCCCUCCUUCCCACCUCUCGCCCCCUCUCCUGUGGACAGAGCACACAUUACUUGAAUUCACUUUACCUUGGCACUUUUUAUUUUGUUUUGUUUUCUUUGAAGGGAGGGAGGGAAGAUUCAUACAUGCACACACACACAUUCACACACAGACUUGCUCUUUCCCUGGCUGUCUCUAUCGCUCUCGCUUACACACACACACACACACACACACACACACACACACACACACACACACACACACACACAACACAUACACGCUUGUGCCACCAGUCCGCCACCAUUGUAUGCGUGGUUACGUUUUAUUUCUCUCAGUGUUCUCUGCAGUUCAAGAAGAACAGAAUACUUUGAUUUAACAUGUUUUGUAUUAUAGCCGAAGGCAUUUAUAAGAUGAAUCCUGUAUGAUAUUAUAUAAAGAUGAAGAUCGUUGUACAUUGUGUGACUGUGUUGUGAAGCAUUAACCCCUGUUGGUCUGUCUGUCUGUCUAUCUGUCUGUGUGUUGCUCCUGUGUUUUAUUUCAUUAUUGAAUGUUAGCGUAUUGAACCCCAGACACAGAUGCCACCUCUCCCUACCCCUGUGGUCCCAGUGCCAGCUCAGUGGUGGUUGUACAGUAUGUAUACUAUAUUGUGUCAUUAGUUUAAAGAGCUCCAUUUUAACUUAAGAGACGUGAACGAACGCUUGUGGCUGGCCACCUUAUGCUCCCACUAUCAGCCCCCCAACUCCUCACAGCCCUCCCCCCAAACACUCCCACCCUCACCCUAUUAUCAGCCCCCCAACUCCUCACACCCCUCCUCCCAAACACUCCAACCCUCAAUUUACUAUCAUCCCCCCCUCCCCCCAAACACUCCCACCCUCAACGUACUAUUAUCCCUCCAACUCCUCCCCCCGUCUCCUGAAUGGCCUUGCUCCCUCCCUCCCCUCUCUAUAAACUCUACCCCCAUGGCCAGGAAAAUAUACUACCACUUCCUGUUACUACCGCUUACCUGCUUUGCCCCUUCUGGUCAUGUGAUAGAAACCUUAGCAACGAUACAAGUACUGGACGACUGUGCGUUCUGCCUUGCCCCCCUCUACCCCCCAACCCCCCGGCACCAGCUUGUAAAGAACCAGAAGACUGUUUAGUCAUCUCUGUGUGCAUGUAUAAACAUACUCAUAUUUAUAUAGCGUGCUCUGAAAACCCCAGCCCCUCUCUCCUCUCCUCUUUGUCAAACUGUAAAGUGAGCAGACUCAGUAUUGCGUGUUUUAACCCCAGGUUGUGCACAGUGGAUAAGUAGUCAACACAUCAUCAAUAAAGAAACAUAUGGCUCACUCAGUGUCAUACUGUCCAACAUGA